AUGUUACGAGCCACCAUCGCCAAUGUAUCUAUGCGAGGGUUUCAGCCUCGUUUGCUAAAUCAAAGCAUUCUUUCGGCUCGACGCUAUAGCUCCAUACAAAUACCAAAGCGUCGGUCUUACACCUUUCUCAAGCUUUUGGCAGUGGCUGGUCUGGCGGGAGCUCUUUUGUAUGCAACUAAUGAGUCUUUUCGUGAGGGCACAAAGCACGCAUACUAUACGACUAAACGUAUUGGCGUUGUCACUAUUGCGACUGCGCAGUGCUUCAAUAUUUAUAGAAAUGUCCUAGGGAAGGACUUCGAUGACCCACAUGAGCGCAAUAAAGCGUUAUCUGAGGCUCAUUUAAAGGCAGCAAGAAUCACUUUAAAAGCUUUAGAAAGAAACGGCGGUGUCUUUAUUAAAUUGGGUCAGCACGUAUCUGCGUUGACCUACCUUCUUCCAAGGGAAUGGACAGACACGAUGAUACCUCUUCAAGAUAGAUGUCCUAGAUCCUCGAUUGAGGAAAUAGAAGAAAUGUUCUUGGCAGAUAAGGGUACUUCUCUUGACAGCAUAUUCAGUGAGUUUGAUCCUGAGCCUGUGGGUGUGGCCUCUCUAGCUCAAGUUCAUAUUGCUCGCUUAAGAGAUACUGGGGAAAAGGUUGCUGUGAAGGUGCAACACCCUUCACUCGCCGAGUUUGUUCCAUUAGAUAUUUACAUGACUCAAACUGUAUUUGACUUGAUGUACAGGGUGUUUCCCGAAUACCCUAUGACAUGGCUUGGUGAUGAAAUGCAGAAUUCUAUUUAUGUCGAGCUAGAUUUCGUCAAUGAAGCACAAAACGCUGAGAAAACAUCCAGAUAUUUCAAGAAAUAUCAAAGGGAUACAGCCUUGAGAAUACCAAAGGUUAUUUCCGCAGAAAAAAGGAUUCUAGUGAUGGAGUUUCUCUCAGGUGCUAGACUCGAUGACUUGAAGUACAUUAAGGAACACAACAUCAACACGGCUGAAGUCUCGUCCUGUCUUUCACACAUAUUCAACAACAUGAUUUUUCUUCCUGGUGCUGGAUUGCAUUGUGAUCCCCAUGGUGGAAAUCUAGCAAUUCGAAGUGUUCCAAAGUCGGAGAGCAAGAAUGGUCAUAACUUUGAAAUAAUUCUCUACGACCAUGGCCUCUACAGAUAUAUUCCACUCCAAAUGAAGCGUGACUAUGCUCAUUUAUGGUUGGCUAUUUUAGACAAUAAUAUUCCCGAGAUGAGACUAUACGCUGAGAAAGUUGCUCUUGUUAAGGGCGAUAGAAAGUUUCAAAUAUUUGCAGCUGCCAUCACAGGGAGGGACCCCGAUACCGCCUUGAACUAUGAUAUCUCGAAGGCCAGAAGUUCCGAAGAGAUUAGAAACAUGCAACAUCAGUUGCACUCCGAGGAUGGUGUUCUUGAGGACUUGAUGGAUAUUUUGAGUAGCAUGCCUCGUAUGGUGCUUCUCAUUCUCAAAACAAAUGAUUUGACAAGAAAUCUCGACGAAAAUUUAAAUAAUCCUCUUGGCCCUGAAAGAACGUUUCUCAUUUUAGCGAAUUACUGCGCCAAAGUUGUUUAUGAAGAGAAUAUCGAAAAGGUUAACAAAGCCUACAACCCUUAUUCGUUCAAAUGGAUGUACUUUAGACUUAAGAGCUGGCUUGCAUUUGAAAGAAGAAAGAGUGCGUUGUUCUUUUACGACAUUUACAUGCUUUUCAGUAAUUUGAAGAAAGCAUUGACUUGA